CUGUACAUAUAUAUAUAUUUCUGUCUGCGGUAGCUGUCGCGUUUUGUGAAAUAAUCAUCAUUGCUCAAGCUUAUAGUAAAGAACACAUGGCUGCCAAUCGGGUACUCGUUUACGGAGGAAGAGGCGCACUAGGUAGUAAAAUUGUUCAGCACUUCAAAUCUAAAGGAUGGUGGGUAGCCAGCAUCGAUAUCGUUGCCAAUGAGGAGGCAAACGCGAACGUGCUGGUGAAGUUAUCCGAGUCAUUUACCGAGCAAGCGGGGCAGGUGACAGCAGAUGUGGCACAGUUGCUAGGGGACCAGAAAGUAGAUGCCAUCUUGUGUGUGGCAGGCGGAUGGGCAGGAGGAAAUUGCAGCUCAAAAGACUUGUACAAAAACACAGACAUGAUGUGGAAGCAGAGUGUGUGGACCUCUACCAUCUCUAGCCACCUGGCUGCUGUCCACCUGAAGCAAGGGGGACUGCUGACUCUGGCUGGGGCUAAAGCAUCACUGGGUGGCACUAGUGGUAAGAUGCCACAUACCUCUACUGGCAUGGUGGGCUAUGGCAUGGCCAAGGCAGCAGUCCACCAGCUCUGUCAGAGUCUAGCUGGAGAAGACAGUGGGAUGCCCCCUGGAGGUGUGGCUGUAGCCAUACUACCGGUAACCUUGGAUACGCCGAUGAACAGGAAGUUCAUGCCCGAUGCAGACUUUGGUUCCUGGACACCGCUGGACUACAUUUCAGAAACGUUCUUCAAUUGGGCCACUGGUGCAGAUCGUCCAGCAUCGGGCAGUCUGAUGCAGCUCACUACUGUGGGAGGCAAGACACAGACACUACCCACGCAAUAGAGGAGAGGGAGGGAGAGAGACAAUGAGAGAGCGGGAGGGAGGGCUAGUUGAGUGGGAUGGUUGGGAGAGAUGGUGAUAGGGCGGGUCGGGAGGGUUAAAAUGAGUCACAGGGAGAGCGGGAGGGAGGGCUUGUUGAGUGGGAGAGAUGGUGAUAGGGCGGGUCGGGAGGGUUAAAAUGAGUCACAAGGAGAGCGGGAUGGAGGGCUAGUUGAGCGGGAUGGUUGGGAGAGAUGGUGAUAGGUCGGGAGGGUUAAAAUGAGUCACAGGGAGAGCGGGAGGGAGGGCUAGUUGAGUGGGAUGGUUGGGAGAGAUGGUGAUAGGUCGGGAGGGUUAAAAUGAGUCACAGGGAGAGCGGGAGGGAGGGCUAAAAUGAGUCACAGAGAGAAAGAGGGGAUGAAUGCUUGGUUGAAGAUGUUCCCUCUAAGAACUAUUAUCAGUAUCUCAUAACAAAUUGUUUGUAUUUUUCUGUCUUUUGAUAUGGUUUUAUUCCUCGGUCUCAAUUUGAAUAAAACUCCAUAUGAAUCAUAA